CGUGAAGAUAUGGUCUGUUUCCUGAUAUUUUGCUCACAACUUAGUAAUCAAUUAGAGAUUUCACUUCGUGAAGAAAAACAAAUAUUAGAAUCAUUGUUUAAGUGGUUUGAAAAGGAGGUCCAGAUGUUCGAGGAGCUAGGCGAGGAAGAAAUUAUUCCAGAUUGGCAAAUUCCAGUGGCAGAUAAAAACAUAACUGAAAACAUAAAUAAAUUAAUGAACCGCAUCCAGAGGCUUGAAGACUUGAAGGGUCGUGUGCAAGAAUUGCCCAAAUAUAUCCGAGUUCCUACGCCUAGGGAAAAGAGAAGACCAUUAGCAGCAACACCAGGUGUUGUCAGGGACCCCAAAAAUAUUCUAGAAGAACUUGCUACGAAACAUGCAACUGAAGAUGUGAUGAAUAUGGUACGGGUUUUCCAGGAUGAGUCAGGAGCACCACAAACCAUUGAAUCAAUGAACAACCGCAUAGUAGAAAUAAUGAAAAUAUUUGAAAGGCAAACAAAUAAGCUGCACAGAGUUACAAAUGAACAAGAUGUCCUUGAAGGUAAAUUACAGAAGAUACAACAGGACUUCCGAAAGCUAGCAGAAGAGAAACAGAUAAUGGAGGAUGAACUUCAAAAGAUGAAAGCUUCAGAUAUAAUUCAAGAAAAAGGAUCAGCAGAUACCAGGAAAAAAUUAUUAGCGAGACUGGAAAAGGAGAAAGCAAAAAUUGAAGAGAGAACUAGUGCACAGGGAGAAAAGGGGAAAAAGCCUCAGAAGGUAAAAGACUCUGAAGCUGUGAAAGUGAAAGAAGAUUUAGCUAUAGCACAGGCAAAUAUUCAGUCUCUUGAAAGAGAGAAGAAAAUGCUUGAAGAGAAACUUAAGAAAGUUUUAGAGGAAGCUAAUAUAGCUAGGGGUCAAUUUACUGAAAUACCCCCAGAUAUUCCAGAUUGGGAGUUCACUUAUAAAGCUCUUGAAGAAACUGAAAAAGAGUUACCUAAGAAAAGCAAGAAAGGAACAAAGCUUAAAGGCAAAGUAUCUGUUAUUGAUGGAACAGUUCAGAAAGUAUCGAAGCUUGACACUGUAAAAGCAAGUGAAACAUUACCUGGAAAAAGUCAAGAAAUUUCCGCAGCACUGCAAGCAAAAGACGGUAAAGGCAAGAAAAUAGGGACAGAUUUGUCUGAAAUUGAACGUACCUCUGUUCAUAAAAUACCCUCUACUGGUUCAGAAAAACUUCCAAAACAACCUGGAAAAUCAGAGACCCCCUCAAAGACUGAUGCCAAAGGUGUUAUAAAACCCAAAGAGUCUGCAGAAUUGAAAAAACAACGUUCAGUGGUGAAAGGGUCUUAAAAGAAUUCCUGAAAAUCUCUGAAGAAUGGUUUCCAUACUUCCACGAGGAGUGAAAUAAAACCAAAACAAGGAUGUCGGGUCUUGCUGCUCAAUAAAUAAGAUGAUUUGAGAUCCAAUAUGUUGUGCGAUGUUAUUAGACUUUAAGAAAAAGCUUCAGUAGAAAAUUUGUGCUUUAUA